AUGGCUAGACCAAAAGAGAGCCAUGGCCUGGCCUUCCUACCCCGCGAACUCUUCUGGAUGAUUCUAGGCUACUUAGAACCAAAUGAACUGGUCCGCUGUCGCCGCGUCUCACGUGCCUGGAACGAAGCCUUUAGCAACCCGGCCAUCCUACUCGCACUCCUGAGGAAACAUUUCCCAUGGACAAAAGAAGUCAAAACUUUGAGCCAAGAGACAUCUCCUGAAGAACAAGAACAAGGUCGUCGUCUUUUCGACCAGGUUGCAUCACGAUACGACUACCUAAAACGAGGAAAACCCCGCUCUAUCCAGAAGUACCGCCUCUGCGAUGACUUUGGUGGCUCUGGAGACCGUGAAUGGUAUCAGGUGCAGCCAUGGGAGUCACACGCCAGUCAUAUGAGGCGCUUCAUUGACCGCCAGUUCUCUGAGGCUUUGUGGACUUUCGAGGAUGGCCUGCUAGUCUACCCCAGCGCCGAUCAUCAAUUCCUCGUGCUCAUGGAUUUGGAAACGGACCGGCAGUUCAUGGUACCGUUCAUUAUUCGUGGCAAAAUUGUUCGUCGAGUGCGGCUACAGAAGAGCUUGCUCGUCGUUGAGUGGGCUGAACCAAAGGCCUUUCACUGGCUGAACGAUAGUGAUGGCGUGCAUCGUCACUUUGCGUCUUCCUUUGAUGUGACGAGGGGUGAGGACCAGGGCUGGAAUAUUGUCCCGCGCAAUGAAUGGAAGAUUAUGUUUUUAGGGCAUCCGCUGAGCGAGCGAGAUCGGUUCUUCUCCUCGCAUAGCAACACUCACUAUGUCAUUUAUAUAUGGCAGCCAAAUCGCAGCUUGUAUACCGCCGACGAAGAUGCACCCAUUGAGUCUUUGUUUGUCUGGGACAUAUCGAAACCAUCAUCAUAUCGACCUUCAUUGGAUCCCACUGGACGGCUGAGAGACGACUCACCUGACUCUCCAUCAAUCGUGGCACGAUUCGGAUUCCGAGACCUGGAGUUCUUCGAUAUCCGGCAACGAGGCUGUCCAAGCAUUCAACGAUUGGAGAUUACGGUUGAUUCACAGGCGGUCGAAAUUACAGAAAACGUUUGCAUCUGGCCGGAAGACGAAGCACCGGAGCCAUUUGGCUUUCCUCGGCCUAUUACUACAAGCAUUCCUCUGGUCGGAAAUGGGCCUCAUCGGCGCCGGGAUUUUGACGGAAUUCUACCGCCUUACCGUGGGAACUGCAGCAUGCUGGCAGAGAGUAUGAGGCUAGAUGGGUGCAUUAUGACGGACCCUUGGUUUGGUGUUAUUGCUCACGUGGCUAUACUCGAGCCUGAUCUUGGCUUUUGUCUUCACUUCGAUCCUUGGACGUGGGUCCAAGAUCAGACUAUCUAUUUGACUAUCCAGACACCUCGCUCGAGCGUCACUUGUGACAAUUGGGAUUUCGUCGGUAGAGGAAAGCUCGCUGGUAGUGAGAAAUAUCUGGUGGGCGAGAAUUGCAAUCGAGAGCUAGUGAUUUACCGGUUUGAUAGAUGA